AUGUUGGCUCAUAACUGGGGUCUGUGCACUCAGGUCUCAGGGCUGCCUGCCAUUGGUCAAAAUUGCAGGCUGCGUAGUUGGCUCGUGCGGAGGGCGGGACCCAGAUGUCGCGUCGCUCUGCCGCCUGGUGGCCUGGCCUGCAAGGCGAUUCCCAACACAGCUGCCAGCUUCCAGCUUCAACUCCAGCAUCACAAAGCAAGCAGCAACGGGAAUCAGCGACACCACUCGCAGCCCGGCACAUUUUCACUGUCAUCUUCGCAGACUUCGAAACCGUCGAUACCAGGUCAAAACCAGUCGGGUAUGGGAGGUGGCCACGAUGGCAAGGAUGACAAGGACAAGAAGAAGGAGAAGCACAAGCACGAGCCUCCCCCGAGACCUACCACCCGCAUCGGUCGCAAGAAGAAGAGAGCCGGCGGUGCCAGUGCCGCCGCCAAGUUACCGCCCGUCUACCCGACCAGUCGAUGCAAGCUCAGGUUGUUGCGCAUGCAGCGUGUUCACGACCAUCUGUUACUCGAGGAGGAAUAUGUCGAGAACCAAGAGCGCUUGCGCAAGGCGAAAGCCGCCAAGGACAAUGCCGUUCCAGCUGCCUCGGAAGCCGAGGCUGCGGAUCGCAAUGCCGAUGAACGUGGCCGUGUUGACGACAUGCGUGGUAGCCCAAUGGGAGUCGGAACCCUUGAAGAGAUGAUUGACGACGACCACGCCAUUGUCAGCAGCACGACUGGACCAGAGUAUUAUGUAAGCAUCAUGAGUUUUGUUGACAAGGAUCUAUUGGAACCCGGCGCCAGUGUCUUGCUUCACCAUAAGACUGUGAGCAUCGUUGGUGUUCUCACAGAUGACGCGGAUCCCAUAGUCAGCGUCAUGAAGCUCGACAAGGCGCCUACGGAGUCGUACGCGGAUAUCGGUGGUUUGGAGCAGCAAAUCCAGGAGGUGCGGGAAUCUGUAGAGUUGCCACUGCUCCAUCCGGAGCUGUACGAGGAGAUGGGUAUCAAGCCUCCCAAGGGUGUCAUUCUCUACGGUGCCCCCGGUACCGGAAAGACGUUACUGGCGAAGGCGGUUGCAAACCAGACUUCGGCCACUUUCCUGCGUAUUGUUGGUAGCGAGUUGAUUCAGAAGUAUCUCGGUGACGGCCCCCGGUUGGUUCGCCAACUGUUCCAGGUUGCUGCCGAGAAUGCCCCGUCAAUCGUCUUCAUCGAUGAAAUCGAUGCUAUCGGUACCAAGCGUUACGAUUCGACAUCAGGUGGUGAGCGUGAAGUCCAAAGAACUAUGCUGGAGCUUCUCAACCAGCUUGAUGGUUUCGAUGACCGCGGUGACGUCAAGGUGAUCAUGGCCACCAACAAGAUCGAGUCUCUUGAUCCCGCUCUGAUCCGACCCGGACGUAUCGACCGAAAGAUCCUCUUUGAGAAUCCCGACCAGAACACCAAGCGCAAGAUCUUUACACUCCACACUAGCAAGAUGUCACUUAAUGAGGACGUCGAUCUUGAGGAGUUUAUCGCGCAGAAGGAUGAUCUGUCAGGUGCCGACAUCAAGGCUAUUUGCUCAGAGGCUGGUCUGAUGGCUCUUCGGGAGCGCAGAAUGCGGGUACAGAUGGCCGACUUCCGCGCCGCUCGCGAGAGAGUGUUGCGGACGAAGCAGGAGGGUGAGCCCGAGGGGUUGUACUUGUAGUUGACGCAUUUGUAUGAUGAGACGUAAUUAUGGUUGGGGAGGCUUAAAGCGCAACGAAGAUGAGACAUAGAUAACUUGCUAGUUGCGAUGUCAUUAAACAGCGUGCACUCUGCAGAAGUGAUAGCCCUA